CAGAUGCAGGAAGAGUGGUGUUGAGAGACAGAGGGAGAGGUUAUGUCUUCCUCAGCCUUCCUUCAAUAAUUCAGCAGAUGUAUAAAUAUGAAGCAGGAUGCGGAUCUCAGAAUAGAUGGCAGGAGAGGAGCAGAGGGUGGCGGAAAAGACACAAAAAGGGGAGAUGAAGGAGGCGAUGGGCUUUGAUUUAAUAGCUGACCAGUGUUGUAGAAAUGACUGAUUGUCGCUUCGUCGACUUAACUCCGAGGAGCUUUGGAAAAAGGCUUAACAAUGUAGUCACUGUUAAUACCACAGCGCCAUAUCUGCACCUCCAUCCGUGUCUAGUCCUCCUGCCGCGAUCUAAUUAUUAACGGUGGGAUAAAUCCACAAGCUUAUCAUAAACCCAAAGCCGCCUCGUAAGAUUCAUUGUGAUAUUUUACUGUUGUGGGCCCAGACCUGUUCCAUCCUGGGAAGGAGGGAAAAGAUACAUGCGUGAGAGAGGCACUGUUACGCACGGUGCGUCUCCAUCAUGACGUCGUGAAUUAGCUCAAGAUUGUAAGAGUGGGGGGGAGAGGAGAGGAAAAAAGGAGGGGAGUGUGGUGAAUCGGUGUUUCGUCGUUUAUGGGGGAUGCGUUUGUAUAUAGUGCAUGUAUAUUUUUUUGUAUGGAUUUUUUGUCAUUUCUUACCUUUGCCAUGCGUAACUGCAAUACAUGGAAAAAGCCCGAGUGAUUUUGUUGUUGUAACAUCCUGUUUACGAACGGAGCAGCUUGCACAUUUAUAGCCAUAUUAAUAUAGCCAUAAAAAAUCGCUGUAAAGAUGCAUAUUUUUACCAAAUAAUCCGACACUGGGCUUUCCCUGGCGGAUCCACCCCGGAGGACGUACUGUUAUCUUGACUGAGCGCAUCGAAACUAAUAAUCCAGAGAUGGCACGACUAUUGUUUCUGAUUAUUCUCUAUGCUCUUCCAUCUCUCGUUGUGCCCAUACAUAAUUCAUCGACUGGAGGCUGCGCUAUCAUCCGGCCUCCCAGGGAUGGGGGGAUCCGCUACAGAGGCCUGACACAAGAACAGAUCCGCAGUGUGCAGAUCCUCCCUGUGGAUUAUGAGAUAGAGUACAUCUGCAGAGGAAACCGGGUGAUCGUGGGACCCAAGGUCAGGAAGUGCUUACCCAAUGGCACAUGGACGGACAUGACUCUGCACAGCAGAUGUUUGCUGCUGUGCCCGCGGGUGUGGACCUCCCUAGAGAAUGGCCGGGUGACGGUGAAGCCUCCUGGGCCGCCAGUGGAAGGGACAGUGCUCCAUUACAGCUGCCACGCCGGCUUCAUCCUGGAGGGCAGAAACAUCAGCCAUUGCACUAAACUGGGCAAGUGGGAUGCGCCUAAACCCACCUGCCUCUAUGACAGAAACUACACAGGCAAGAAGAAGCUGUACAUCGGAGCGCUGUUCCCCAUGAGCGGAGGCUGGCCCGGCGGUCAGGCGUGCAUGCCCUCCGCUCAGAUGGCCCUGGACCUGGUGAACAACAGGAGCGACAUCCUGCCCGACUACGAGUUGGAGCUCAUCCACUACGACAGCAUGUGUGACCCAGGAGAAGCCACCAAGUUGCUGUACGACCUUCUGUACACCGAGCCCAUCAAGAUCGUCCUGAUGCCUGGCUGCAGCGGUGUCUCCACGUUGGUGGCCGAAGCUGCUCGCAUGUGGAACCUCAUAGUGCUGUCCUACGGUUCCAGCUCGCCAGCCCUGUCCAACCGCCAGCGCUUCCCAACCUUUUUCCGCACGCAUCCAUCGGCCACCCUUCACAACCCCACCAGGGUGCAGCUCUUCCAGAAGUGGAAGUGGACACGCAUUGCCACCAUCCAGCAGACCACCGAAGUCUUCACCUCAACUCUAGACGAUCUGGAGCAAAGGACGAAGGAGGCAGGCAUCGAGAUCAGCGUUCGCCAGAGUUUCCUCACCGACCCGGCUGUCGCUGUCAAGAACCUCAAGCGCCAAGAUGCAAGGAUCAUUGUGGGGCUCUUUUAUGAGACCGAAGCCAGAAAGGUGUUUUGUGAGGUGUUCAAGGAGAAGCUCUACGGGAAGAAGUAUGUGUGGUUCCUCAUAGGCUGGUAUGCUGACAACUGGUUCAAGAUCAAAGACCCUGCUAUCAACUGUACGGUGGAGAACAUGACGGAGGCCGUGGAGGGACAUGUGACCACGGAGAUCGUUAUGCUGAAUCCUGAGACGGUCCGCGGCUUCUCCAACAUGACAUCGCAGGAGUUUAUCGCCGCCUUGAUGUCCCGUCUGGGUGGAAAGAACCCAGAGGAGACUGGUGGUUUUCAAGAGGCCCCUCUAGCCUACGAUGCAGUGUGGGCUCUGGCCCUUGCCCUCAAUAAGACUGUGGCACCACUGAAGGCCAAGGGCCGACGACUAGAGGAUUUCAACUACAACAACCAUGACAUCACCUCUGAGAUCUACAGGGCACUCAACACAAGCUCUUUUGAAGGUGUUUCGGGCCAAGUGGUGUUUGAUGCUCAGGGUUCCAGGAUGGCAAUGACACUUAUCGAGCAACUGCAAGGAGGCAGUUACAAGAAGAUCGGUUACUAUGACAGCUCUCAAAAGAACCUCUCCUGGUUUGGAAAUGAUGUUUGGAUAGGAGCUGGACCUCCGGCCGAUCGGACAGUGGUGAUCGAAGAGUACAGGUUCUUGUCCCAGAAGCUGUUUGCAGCUGUCUCCGUCUUCGCUGGCCUCGGCAUCCUGCUCGGCAUCGUCUGUCUGACCUUCAACAUCUACAACGGCAACGUCCGCUACAUCCAGAACUCUCAGCCAUACCUGAACAACAUGACAGCGGUGGGCUGCAUGAUGGCUCUGGCCGCAGUGUUCCCGCUAGGGAUUGACGGUCACCAUGUCCACAGAUCUCAGUUCCCCGUCGUCUGCCAGUUCCGCCUGUGGCUCCUUGGCCUCGGCUUCAGCCUGGCGUACGGCAGCAUGUUCACCAAGAUCUGGUGGGUCCAUACCCUCUUCACCAAGAAGGACGAAAAGAAGGAGAAGAAGAAGCAACACUUGGAGCCAUGGAAACUCUACGCAACAGUUGGAGUGCUGCUGGCUAUCGACUUCCUGUCACUCAUGAUCUGGCAGAUUGUGGAUCCUCUGCACAUUACAGUGGAGAAGUUCACUAAGGAGUCCCCUAAAGAAGAUUUGGAUGUCCUGAUUCAGCCCUUGCUGGAGCACUGCAGCUCAGAGAAGAUGAACACGUGGCUUGGUGUCGUUUAUGGCUACAAGGGUCUGCUGCUGCUGCUGGGAAUAUUUCUGGCUUACGAGACCAAGUCUGUCUCCACAGAAAAGAUCAAUGACCAUCGGGCCGUGGGGAUGGCUAUUUACAACGUUGCUGUGUUGUGCCUGAUCACAGCUCCAGUGACCAUGAUCCUGUCCUCGCAGCAGGACGCCUCCUUUGCCUUUGCCGCUCUAGCAAUCGUCUUCUCUGCCUACAUCACUCUGGUGGUGCUCUUCGUACCCAAGAUGCGGCGUCUCAUUACCCGCGGCGAGUGGCAGUCGGAGCAGCAGGACACUCUGAAGACCGGCUCGUCCACCAACAACAACGACGAGGAGAAAUCCAGGCAGCUGGAGAGAGAGAACAGGGAGUUGCAGAAGAUCAUCCAGGAGAAAGAAGAGAGAGUAUCGGCACUCCGCAACCAGCUGGCUGAGCGACAGGCUCUACGCAACCGCCGCCGACCCUCCUCAGGCCAGAAUCAGAACCACAACGCACCGCCGCCCUCCUCCCAGCCAGAUCCCAAGUCUCUGCUUCCCCCUCCCGGCUACCCCAACCCCACCACGGACAAUCACUCCCUCCCGCCUUCCUUCUCCAACUCCUCCAACCUCUACCCGGCUGACAGCAAGAUGAGCCGCAACCACUGUCACAACAGCCAGAUCCCACUGCUGUAUAAAUAGGCGAGGCACUGGGGGGGAGGGGGAGGGGUGGGACAGUCGCACAGUGCACACACACACACAGGGGACACAAAACACGAGACACUGUGGCUUUCACUUGUUUCGGCGAUGAGCACAGCGCUGUAGUGACACUGUUUUAAAAAUACGGUGUGGAAGCACAAAUAAGUACACAGGAGUGCUUUACACUCGGCAGCUUCGGGGAGAGUCACGCAGGUAACACCCGUCCUCACAGUUUUGAUCUCACUGUGUUCAACUCCAGCAGCGAGGCACUUGUGACUGGUCAGACUAGCAGCACUCGAGGUCUUUCGUCAGAGGCCAUGUGAACAGAUAGAUCUCUCAAUCAUUCCUCUCCCUUAUUCGUUAUCUCGUUCUGUUGUGGAGACACAGCGUCAAGGAUCUGAAAAGGAAACGUUUUGUGUUUGUGUCUUUGCUAUAUCGUCUCCACCGUUUGUCUGUCGAGUUUGUUGACUAGGCAAGCACAUACAGUAGUGAUUUAUAUUGUUCUGUAGUAUCUGAUCUGUUUUGUCAUGGAGUUGUUGUUAAAUUAAUCGUUUACUUUUCAGGAGAGUUGUGAAAAACUGAAAUUCACAAAGGGACAAAGCAAUGUACAGUUUUUUCCCCAAUGUUUCCUCUGAAGAGCUCGACUGGGAGGAGCACUGGUGUCACUGACAAGUGAUAAUGUGCAUUAUUAAAUAGCCAUAAUUUAGAUGGGGCCCAGGAGCUUGGCAUGUUGUCAGGACUGUGUAUUCAAGUACAAAACUGCAUCUUACAAAUCCAGUCCUUUGCUGAAUAUUAGACCCAUUUUAAAGGAGGAUCCAAGCUUGCUCAUGUAUAGGGACAAUUUUGAUAGUUUUGCCAUUUGAAAUAAUGUUUUACACUGUAUUUUUUUGAGAUUUGUGUUGUAUCUACUUCACAGUAUAGUACAGUAGUAGCCAUCAAAUAAACCCCUCAUCCUGCAUCUAAUGUAUUUUGCAGACAUGGCGGCUACCGCUGCAGCCACAGUCACUGCAGCUGCACAUUUUGUAGGUAGAAACGGUUCGAGAUGUUAACUUCCAACUUGCCAUAGGAAUAGUUUCUACUUUCCGCCUCCUGAAAAUGAAAGCCAAUUUAUAUUUCUACAGCAGCAGUGCGGUGAGAUGUGGGGCUUCUGCGAUGGCUAUUUCUGUAGAUAUUCAGAGAAAGCACAGUUUUUAUACAUGUGAAUCUGUUAUACGUCCAUCUGGUGAGCCUUUUUUAUUUUAAAGGAUUUUUUUUUCAUGUUUUCCCAUUACAGACAAUCUGGAUGGAUGCUAAUUUAUUUAUUUUGUACUUUACUUUCCCAUUUUGCCUUUCGGUGAACUGUAAAUGUAUCAAAGAAGAAUAUACGUCAAGUAAUGUGACAAACCGUAUUUAGUCAGCAGUUAAUCUGGAUGUACUAUUUCAUUCAUGAGCUAUUUCCAGAUUUUAUAAAGCAAUGAUACCUGAUGAGCGUUAUAAGCAGGUAAAACUCAAAUAUUUUUAAAGAUAUAAAUGUCAGCGUGCACUUUAAACUGAACAAACUAUGGUUACUCCACUUUAUGUUGCUGUUAUUCUAAUACAUCUUAGCUCAGGGUAUGGAGGAGGACACAUAUGAAUGAAAUAGGCCAUAUUUAUUAACUGUGCAGCACCUGGAUCAGAUAGUGUAACAUAUGAAUGCAGAAAUAAUUUAGGAAAUGUUCUAUUAUCUUGCACAUAUAUGACAAUAUACAUGGAUUUGGGGAUAUUUGUAUUCACUAUAUCUAAGAUCUUAAAUGUUAAUAUAUUUCAGAGUAUGUGUAUGCAAAUAUAUGGGUACCAUAAAUAAAAUAAUUGUUUUUUCA